AGCGCUGUUUGCAGGCGUGCAGAAGUGAGUGCUUGUACGAUUGUGAACGAAUUCGUGUUUACAAAGUCGGAAGACAAUAUUCGUUUUUAAAAUGGCAAGUUUCCCUCAAAGACAAAUGCAAGAUGAAAUGGAAAGGUUUGAGGCAGAAAUCUCUAACUCUACGUCUAAACCUACCAUUCCCCCUGUUUUAAAACCAAGCAUGGUACGACCUGCUUCUGGUGCACCUGGUACAUUUCAGCAAAAAUUCCAACCCCCUACCCAUUUUUUGCCAACCCAACUCCAAAGGGCUGGAGUUAGACCGACUGCCCCAGCUUCUUCAUCUCAAACGUUUUCCUCCACCACAUCAGUACAACCUUCAAGCCAAGCUUCUAGUGUUGGAACAGCCAUUAUCAGUAACAAACCUGUUCUUUAUCUUCCUGAAAAAGAAGCCAAAUCAACACCUGCAACUCCCACUACUGCUGCAAGUUCGUCCAAAACUACACAACCAGCCAAAAAACAAAAAGUUGAGGCUAAAUCCCCCACAAAAGUUACACCAAGUUCUUCGGGUGGUCCAUCUAUUUUGAGGGCUCCGUCCUCUACGGUCGGUUCAGCCACUGUCAAAGCUGGCACUGAUGAGCCCAAAGUACAGAAGAUGAAGAAACCCAAAAAAUUUGUAAGAGCAGCUGGUGGCACAGUUUGGCAAGAUGACUCCCUUCUUGAGUGGGAUCCAAACGACUACCGAAUCUUUUGCGGAGAUCUCGGCAAUGAUGUGACUGAUGAAGUCUUGGCUCGCGUUUUCGGAAAAUUUCCCUCUUUUCAAAAAGCCAAAGUGAUCAGAGACGCUCGCUCCAAUAAAACAAAAGGCUUCGGCUUCGUUAGCUUCAAAGAUCCGACGGAUUUCACACGAGCCAUGAGAGAAAUUAAUGGCAAGUACGUGGGAAGUCGGCCGAUUAAGUUGCGCAAAAGCAAUUGGAAGAACCGCAACAUCGACGAGGUUAAGAAGCGACAAAAGGAGAAGGAUAUCUUACUUGGCAAGCGUCGAUGAUUGUAACGUUUUCCUCCCUUCUUAAAUCGUACGUUGGUCAGUUAAUCAGACCUUUGAUUUUUUUUUUUUGGGUUCUGUGACACGCACUUGCAACAAAAUUACAACAUCAAAAAAUUCC